AGAGAACCUUAUUCAUCUCAUGAACUCAUAAAUCAUAAUCAUAAACCGUAAACCCUUUUGCAACAACAACAACAACUACAACAAAACCCCUCUUUUAUUCUGUUCUUUCAAUGGCGGAGAAAGAGAUGUCUGUGGUGAGGAACCUGGAUGUGAAACGUUACAUGGGUCGGUGGUACGAGAUAGCGUCCUUCCCAUCAAGGUUCCAACCUAAAAAUGGUGUUGACACGAGAGCCACCUACACUCUCAACGAGGAUGGAACCGUGCACGUGCUCAAUGAGACUUGGAGUGAUGGCAAAAGAGGCUUCAUUGAAGGUACUGCAUACAAGGCUGAUCCCAAUAGCGAUGAAGCUAAGCUCAAGGUCAAGUUCUAUGUUCCUCCAUUCUUGCCUAUCAUCCCUGUUACUGGUGACUAUUGGGUUCUCUUCAUUGAUGAUGAUUAUCAGUAUGCUCUCAUUGGCCAACCCAGUAGGAGAUAUCUUUGGAUAUUGUCAAGGCAGAACCGAUUAGAUGAGGAGAUCUUCAAUGAGCUUGUUCAGAAAGCUAAGGAUGUGGGGUAUGAUGUGAGCAAACUCCACAAGACUCCACAGAGUGAGACACCACCAGAGGGAGAAGAAGGCCCCAAAGACACCAAAGGCAUUUGGUGGAUCAAAUCCAUUCUGGGGAGAUAGAUAUCAUGUGCUAUAUAUGAUGAUGAGGUUCGAGAGUUAUUCCAUGUUAUAAAUAAAGGGGUCAAGAAGUCUGAAUUGUAGUAGUUAUGUUUGGAUCUUGGUGAUGAAUGUAUUGGUUUGUCCUGUAUAUAGACUAAGCUGAUAGGUUGAAGUUGAAAUUUGAUGCUUUGCUUGUGUAUGUUCUUAUUGUUUUUGUUGAAAGCUUUAGGGUAUCAAUGAAGUAAUUGGAACUUAAAAGUGCUUGUA